UCUUUCGUCUAUGAACUCAGCAGCAGAAGAGAAUUUCUGCUCCAGCUGAUUCGGUCGCCAUCUUUUCAGCGACGUAAACAACACAGAUGCCUCCCGCUGUGUUGUUCUGUCGCUUGCAGUACGUGGACGUGAUUGAACCGUCGAAGGAGUAUUCGAGACGAGACGUUGUGUGAUCGGAACACGCCAGUCCCUACAACGGUGUCCUGAGCUCCACGGCUGACAGAGACGGGGGUCCUCCGUGGGUCUCUCAGCUGUUCUUGUGUGUUCGUUACAGAGAUGGAGCUCCUCCGUGGGUCUCUCAGCGGUAGGGGUGGGCAGGUCUAAAGGGGUCCCAGAGGAGGGGGCAUUGCUGUGUGACAGCAGUGGCCCCCGGAGAGAUGGACCAGGAGUACGAACGACGGCUGCUGAAGCAGAUCAACCACCAGAACCUCCCGCGGGACACACAACCGGCCCAGUGUGUGGGGGCAGCCUGCAGCCCGCUCAGCGUCAGGUCGGGGGACCGCUACAUCCCCACCCGUGCUGGGAGCAACUGGAGUAUCAACUUCCACUACGCCAACGAGAACUGUCACUCCCCCAGUCUGAACCACAAGGCCAAGGACGCCAGCACAGAGUCAGGCAAAGACACGGUGGCCUAUGCUGCCCUGCUGAGGAAUGAGCUGCUGGGUGCGGGGAUGGAGGCGAUGGUGGAGCCCCACGCCGACGACCGGCGGCAGGCCGUCCUGACCCCGAGCGCACGCAGCCUGUUCAGGUACACGGUCCACACCAAGAAAGUGCCUUUUGACAGCGACAAUGACGUCUCCCCCUACUCCCUCUCCCCACUCAGCAACAAGAGCCACAAGCUCUUGCGCUCCCCACGUAAGCCGGCCCGUAAGAUCUCCAAGAUCCCCUUCAAGGUGCUGGACGCCCCCGAGCUGCAGGACGACUUCUACCUGAACCUGGUGGACUGGUCGGCGGGCAACCUGCUGAGCGUGGGCCUGGGGGCCUGUGUGUACCUGUGGAGCGCCUGCACCAGCCAGGUGACCAGACUCUGUGACCUCUCUGUGGACGGGGACUCAGUGACGUCUGUCUGCUGGAACGAGAGGGGGAGCUUGGUUGCCGUGGGAACACACAAGGGCUACGUCCAGAUCUGGGACGCCACCGGCGGGAGGAAGCUGAGCAGCCUAGAGGGGCACUCCGCACGCGUAGGAGCGUUGGCAUGGAACGGCGAGCAGCUGUCGUCGGGCAGCAGGGACCGGGUGAUCCUGCAGCGGGACGUGCGGAGCCCCCCAGGGGCCGAGCGGAGGCUGCAGGGCCACCGCCAGGAGGUCUGCGGGCUGAAGUGGUCCCCGGACCACCAGCACUUGGCCUCAGGGGGCAACGACAACAAGCUGCUGGUGUGGAACAGCUCCAGCCUGCUGCCCAUGCAGCAGUACAGCGACCACCUAGCGGCGGUGAAGGCCAUCGCCUGGUCCCCUCACCAGCACGGGCUGCUGGCCUCGGGCGGGGGCACGGCCGACCGCUGCCUGCGCUUCUGGAACACGCUGACGGGCCAGCCGCUGCAGAGCACCGACACGGGCUCCCAGGUCUGCAACCUGGCCUGGUCCAAGCACGCCAACGAGCUGGUCAGCACACAUGGCUACUCUCAGAACCAGAUCCUGGUGUGGAAGUACCCCUCACUGACCCAGGUGGCCAAGCUCACAGGACACUCCUACAGAGUGCUGUACCUGGCUGUGUCCCCAGACGGGGAGGCCAUCGUCACCGGAGCCGGAGACGAGACGCUGCGAUUCUGGAACGUCUUCAGUAAAACACGCUGCACCAAGGAGUCCAAGUCGGUGCUGAACCUGUUCACCAGAAUACGAUAGUCCCACGGUGGGAUAGGACCUUCUCAGUAGGAGACACAGACCCCAGUCACACACAGACCACCAUUCUACUGCACUACUAGAGCCCUUCUGUGUCCCAAGGAAACCUUCUCCAUGCACCUGACCUCACUUCCACAAGACUUUUAUUUUGAAAGAACCCUGGAGGCUCCACCACUUCAGCCACGUCCGCCUCUCUGAAGACCUUCCUGCUCUGUUGUGGACGUGAUGGAAAAACUCUUUCUUUUUUUUAUAAUUUCAUCAGUAAGUUGUCAUGUCUAAGAGAGCUGCAUCAUGAAAAUGAAAUCAUGAAUCUGGAAAUCAUGAUUUGACAUCAGGAAUCUGGAAAUCAUGAUUUGACAUCAAGAAUCUGGAAAUCAUGAUUUGACAUCAUGUCAUUAAGUCUCGAAAAGACAUGUAAUGUUUUUAACACUGUGCUUCUGAUCAUGUUUUCUGGUAUGUUCUGUGCCACGUCAAUCAACACAACCACAAUGAAUAAACAUCUGCACCAUGCACAGCUGCACACACGGCUGCAAACACUGA